UCGACGUGUAUUUCGUAAAAGUUGGCCGUCAUCAGCCGUCAUUUUGUAAUAUUUAUAUAUUUUGUCGGCGAUUUUUAUGUGCUUAAUCGUUAAAUAUGGCGAAAUUAGUCGACAUAUAUAAUUGCGAAAAGGAACCAGUAAUUAAAAGGCGACAGUUACCGCUCACGAUAUAUGAAAACCUAACAAUGAUAAUGGAUUUAAAUACCAUGGGCUUAAUUUGUGAUAAUCCCCAAGUUAAAGGUCGUGAGUAUGAGGAAUUCGCACGCAAAUACAAAAUACUCACAACAGAAGAACUGAAGUCUGCUCUUAGAGUUGAUGCAUCUGAUAUUUUCAAUGUACUAAAUCAAAGCAUUCCAUGUGUUGGCUGUCGUAGAAGUGUUGAGAAACUUUUCUACCAACUGUGUAAAUCAGGUCAUCCAACCUUAGACCCUUUAAUUCUUACCUCGGACGAGAUUAUGACAAUAAAAGAGGAGAAAAUAAUACAUCCCCAGUCACUAGCAGCACUGUUAAAUGGUCAUAGCACUGGCAUAGAAUGUCUGCUACUAAGUCAACCACGGUGGAAGAAAUCCCAGCGGUGUACUCUACAUUCACUAGAGGCGGGUAGCGCUCGGGGAUGGGGUGCAGCCACGUCAUGUGCCUGGGGCUGGGGCGCUUGGGGCUGGGGUGGGCGCGCAGCCUGGCGGACAGCGUGGGAUGCGAUGCGUACCUCAGCCCGGGAACAUGUCACACUUGUCCACUUCAACACCCUGCACGACACCCUCCACAACUAUCUCCGGAAACACCGCUUCUGUGCUGAUUGUAAGACUAAGGUUCUGAUUGCUUAUCAGUUGCUCGUUGAAGAAAAGGAACCCCAAAAAGAGAAGGGAUAUGUUGGAGCUCUGUACAGUGGUAUCAAAAGGUGUUUAGUGGACAAACAUUUGCAUCUGCAAGCAAAGACUGAUUAUAUUGCACACCUUAUCGCUCGUGCUGAACCAGAGUUGUUAGGAAACCAUAGGGAGAGGCAUGCGAAAACACUGGAAAUAGCGCAGGAGGAGGUUCUCAUUUGCCUUGGGAUAUGCAUCUAUGAACGUCUUCAACGCAUCUCGCUGAGACUUCGUGAAGAGGAGACCACUUGUCAAACGCUGGCAGCAGUGGCUGUGGAGGCACUGUAUCGUAAGUUUGAAACAGCCGUAGAACAGAAGAGCGGUGUCUCCAAACUGCAGCUGUUGUACGAUGAAAUAACUCAAGAGGAACUAACCAGGCAGCAGAGGAAGGAACAGAAGAAACUUAAACGGCGUAAGAAGAAAGAAAGGCAGGCUGUUGAAACUAAGUGCAAGGAAGGAGAUUCCGAGGAACCCGAGGAGAAGUGUCAAUGCGCCGAAUGUUUGUACGAGGAGAGGGAUACCCCUACUGACUUGCUGUCGCCCCGAGAUUAUAGUAGCUGUUGUAACGUUCCACCUAACGAAGACGAAUGCCACUCGUGUCAGAAUGACUAUGUAAAGAGAGGAUCUCCCAAAAAGAGUGGUAAAAAGAGAGGCAAAAAUGGCAACAUUUCACCAAACGAACAUUCUCAAGAUUGUGGAUACUCAUCUGGUAACAAUAACGGCUGUUGUGAGACGAUGUCUGGUUCCUCCUCACUCAUGAGUUCUCCAGAAGGUUCUGAAGUGGCAUGCUCAGAAGGUUUUUGUAACCACGAAAGAGGGGACUGCUUAGACAAAAGCGAGAAACCAUGUCCAGGAUUUACAUUGUCACUACAAGAGAUGCUGGAUACAUGUUCAUCAGACGAAGAACAAGAUACCAGUUAUAUACCGUUAGAAGAAGUGUUGGAAUUCAAAUCCAGGAGGAACAUAACGGAGAAACGUCAGGAGUUGAGGAACAAUCUACGUCAGAAGUUUGCUCAACUAUGUGUCAACCCCCAAACGCAACCCGUACUGACACAGGGCAAAAAAUAAGUUAAAAUACUUGAAACAUUAUGUUAUAUUCAAACUGCACCAUGUUAAUUAUAAUUUAAUUUAAAAGGUCUAUCUAAAAUGUAUUUCAUAAUAAUUUUCAAACAAGCUACAUUCUUUAUUUAGAGACAAACGGUUAAAACUAUUUAUCAAUAAAAAAGGAAUAUAUUAAAAAUCAAAUAAAAAGAAACAUAUUGAAUUAUUUUAUUGUAUAGGGUCAAGUUUACAAAAUCAGUUAUUCUUUGUAAACUAUUGGCAAAGUUUUUGAAUAUUUUUAAAGCUAUUUAAUCUUAAUGAUUUUUAAAACUCCAAAGGUGCUCGAAAAAUACCAAUAGACAUAACAACUUCUAUUAAAUAUGUGGAAAGUGCAAGUUUGAAUUAUUCCUACCUUUGAUAUUUGACUGGAUCAAGCCCAGCAUUUAACAAAUAUAUACUAUUAAAAUAUUAGGAAGCUUGUAAUAAAAUAUAGUAGCAUUUUGAUCAAAUCAUUUAUUUUGAAGCUUAUGUGACUCACUAUAAAGUACACAAUGGAUUAAUUUUGCUCUUACUCAGGUGCUUGGAUCAUCCUGGGGUUCGCUGGCUGCCAGUGCUCUGAGCUAGCCCAAUGUACGAAACAUUGUAACUCAGUUUUAAAUAUAUAAUGAAAAACAAA